CAAUUUGCAACCUUUCAGUUGAAUGGUCCCCCUUCUGAAUGUCAAGGUUAAUACUGCUAUGAACAGCUAUUAUGCACCUAAGUUGAACCAGGGAGAGAACACAUCCUUCAACAUGUACCAUUUUAUUUAAUGUUCUUUUCUACUAAGUCAUUCAGAACUCUCUGGACUCUCUUUAUGCUGUGUCAUUUGCAAGGUUGCCUGCUGCAUGUUUGGUUAUAAAUGAGGUCAAAUCCCAAUUUUGCAGGAGGAGGUGGAUGUAUGCCCAUUCCCUUCACACUGUGAGCCGGUAGCCAUGGGAACUAUGAUCAAGUACACAAUAACUCCCCCAUGAACAAAUCCUCAGGGAACAAGGUUCAUUUGAAUGAAACUGGCUUGACCACAAAGGAAUCUGGAGGACUUUCGGAGCUUCGCGGCCUUGUGCCGCCUCCUGACUUUAAGCUGGCUCUGCAGGAGGAGGAAGUGGAGAUAUCUCAGCAGGCUCUCCCCGGAGGCUCAGCCCCCUCUGCUCCCCAUGGGCAACUGCCAGGCAGGGCACAACCUGCACCUGUGUCUGGCCCACCACCCACCUCUGGUCUGUGCCACUUUGAUCCUGCUGCUCCUUGGCCUCUCCGGCCUGGGCCUUGGCAGCUUCCUCCUCACCCACAGGACUGGCCUGCGCAGCCCUGACAUCCCCCAGGACUGGGUCUCUUUUUUGAGAUCUUUUGGCCAGCUGACCCUGUGUCCCAGGAAUGGGACAGUCACAGGGAAGUGGCGAGGGUCUCACGUCGUGGGCUUACUGACCACCUUGAACUUCGGAGACAGUCCAGACAGGAACAAGACCCGGAUAUUCCAGGCGACGGUCCUGGGUAGUCAGAUGGGAUUGAAAGGAUCUUCUGCAGGACAACUGGUCCUUAUCACAGCCAGGGUGACCACAGAAAGGACUGCAGGAACCUGCCUGUAUUUUAGUGCUGUUCCAGGAAUCCUACCCUCCAGUCAGCCACCCAUAUCCUGCUCAGAGGAGGGGGCUGGAAAUGCCACCCUGAGCCCUAGAAUGGGUGAGGAGUGCGUUAGUGUCUGGAGCCACGAAGGCCUUGUGCUGACCAAGCUGCUGACCUCGGAGGAGCUGGCUCUGUGUGGCUCCAGGCUGCUGGUCUUGGGCUCCUUCCUGCUUCUCUUCUGUGGCCUUCUCUGCUGUGUCACUGCUAUGUGCUUCCACCCGCGCCGGGAGUCCCACUGGUCUAGAACCCGGCUCUGAGGGCACUGGCCUAGUUCCCGACUUGUUUCUCAGGUGUGAAUCAACUUCUUGGGCCUUGGCUCUGAGUUGGAAAAGGUUUUAGAAAAAGCGAAGAGCUGGAAUGUGGGGGAAAAUAAAAAGCUUUUUCCCCA